AUGUCCACUUCAUUAUGCACUGAAAGAAAAGAACCGUUAUCCGAGAGUGUGACAAAAGUACAACAACUUCCAAAUAUAUGCGCAUGGAACGAUUCGAACACAAUUCUCCGAGACUUUGUCAUGAUAUUCUUCACUAAAAGAUCCGCCGUUUUCCGUAUGAAACAAAACUUGCCAGGUCGUAAAAGAGUUUUGAUUUUGACUCCUGACGACAUUCUGUUGGUUUAUGAGACCAAUUGCACUGGAUACUCGUUUGAUAUUACGAAGGCAAUUAAGAUGAAAAUUUCGUAUUUUAAGCAAGAGAAAGAGCAGACUAUGGAGAAGUCGUGCAGAAUCACUUUGAAGUACGGCUUCGGAUUUGCAAAUUUUUUAUUUGUGACUGACGCUUUGAAAAAUCAAAUUCCAAUUUGGAGAAAAACUAUCUCCGCAAUUUUCGAAGACGAUUCUUUCAAUGGAAAUCUUCUCAACGAUUUGUCCUCAUACACUGCUAAAGAUAGCGAUAUUGACCAAGAAUUGUUGACUAAUCGUUUUACAAUUAUCAGCUUGAAGUCAGCCAGAGGUUCCAUGAACUUAUUCCCACUUCAUGACGGCACAAUCGAUAGUACUCAAAUCGAGAAUUCUUCUCUGAAAACCAACUCAAACCGAUCUUCCACGUGCCUCCCACUAACCAUCCGCACUAGCAUCUCGAAUGCUUCCGACCUCUCUACAUGCCGAUACAGUAACCCAAUGGAAACUACAGUUGUUGAAAAUAACCAAAAGAAUAUGAUUUCGAUUCGUCAGGGAUCUCAAGCAGUUUCAUACCUCGCAAAGAAGUUCGAGGCAAAGUUCUCUGCGAAACCUGCAAACCCUCGAGCUCCGUCUUCUCCGCUGGAAAUUCUUUUUCCAGAACAUCCAGUUAUUCAGAAGCCAAUAGAAGAUCCAUUUGAAAUUCGAAAGGAGGAGACCCCAAGAAGAAUGUCUGUGAUCGGAUCGUUAUUUUCUAAAAGAACUGCAAAGAGUACUGUAGAAGCCAAAACUGAAAUCAUGAACGAAUAA